CUGAUAUGGAAUCGAACCCCAAACCAAGGGAUUACUCCCUAAGUCUGACAGACUGACACUCGCCCUUACCACUAGGGCAACCCUGGGUUUGUAUCUUAGGUCUGGUCCCUAUUUCAGAUUUAGGUGCAUGCUUCAAAAUCACACAUAGCAAAUAAAUUCAUCCCCCCACGUUGUCAGCCCUGACAAGUGACAACUCUCUCUCUCUCUCUCUCUCUCUCGACAUGGUGCGCACAUCUCCAAAGUCCAACCUUUACGUCAACUUCUGCUCGCAUCAAGAAACCCAUAAAAUCUAAAGGCAAACCUGAUCAAAGAGCCCAACAUAGAACCAAAAAACAUACUGUGAUCGAAGAAUAUGGGAAAGCCCAGAAGUUGGUUUGGCAUUGUCCAAAACAAGUUUUUCCGACCGCCUCCUCAGAAUACCGUCAUUGUCCUCCACGCCAAUAACACUAUCAACACAAGCUUCAUUGAAGAAAACCGCAACAGUAUCGACGAUGCCGCUAACGAAAUGUCCAAAAAAACAGAUGUCGGGAGUAAUCGUAUCCCUUUAUCUUGUUCAUCAACCGAGGUGAAAGAGUUAUCCGAAGAGGACACUGCAGCCAUCAAGAUCCAAGCAUUUUUCAGGGGUCAUCUUGGGAGACGAGCAUUUCAGGCGUUGAAGGGUUUGGUGAAGCUGCAAGCAGUGGUCCGAGGAGUUCGUGCGAGAAGACAGUCUCAGAUAGCCUUACAUUGCAUGCACGUACUUGCUCGAUUGCGCAUCGCAGUCCAUUCACGACGGCUCCUCCAACGAUCAAGAAUGAACCAGCUGGGGUCGUAAAAUACUAUUCCUAAUGGAAAGAUUUGAUUAUUUCUCAUAUACCAUUAGGGAGGUUAACUCUUUCUUAAGGUGUUCUUGUUUUUUUUUUUUCCAUUCUGUAGCUGCUGGAGGGACAACGGAUUGUCAGGGCAUGAACCCUACUUGCAGAGCCACAAUUUAUUUGUUCAUCCAUUGGGCUAUAUAUAUCUACUUGGCCCUUUUCUUUUUUAAGGAAUCAUAUACAACAUUGAUAUAUAUAUAUAUAGAAAGAUAAUUAUAUACGUAUUUCAAGUUAAUUUAAAAAAAAAAUUCUAUGAAUUGACCCUUGCAAGUCCCCUUGGUUGAAAAAAUUUCUUAAAGUUCUUGUAUGUGCACAGAAAACCCUCCCUGAAAUUCAAGCAUUCAAUCAUCUUUAGGUCACUUGUAUGUCGUCUACGCACAGUCGCACACACACUAUCUUGUCUCUUCCUUGAACCUCACAAGUAUCAAUAUCCAGUUGCGAAAUAUAUUUUUGUUCCCAAUAUAAAAAUACAUAUGAUUUG